CUCUGGGAAAUCCAGUGCAGACUGUAGAGGAGAAGAGAGGAGGAAAUGUUAGUUCUUCUCUUUAUAGGCUAAAGCUCCUUUUUGAAAAGGCAAAACAUUUAUGCUGGAGCAACAUCUGAUGAAGGAUAUGAUGCGAGUGGAUGAUAAGUGAGGGGAGAAAGUUUUGUGGACAAUGCAGAGAGGAAGCGGAGCCAGGGAAAGGAACUGAGGACCAUGUAGGAAUUCCUGACUGAAGUCAUGGGUUCGGAGGCUAUGGAGGACUGCGUGCAGGGGGCGCUUUCAUCACUUUAUCCGCCUUUUGAGAGCACAGCACCUCCUCUACUCUCUCAGGUCUUCUCAGUCCUGGAGUCAACCUACCAGCAUGACAGUCUGCGCUACCUCCUGGACUAUUUCGUACCUGCAAAGCAUCUCCUGCACAAACUUCAGCAGCAUGCCUGUUCUCAGUAUUUGGGAUGCUUGUUCCUUCACUCCGGCUGGCCCCUCUGCCUCGGCGAGAAAGUGGUCGUUCAGCUCUCCACCUUGGACUGGAGGCUUCUGCGCAGUAAUGACUUCUACCUGCAGGUGGUGCCCUUUUCUACGCGCUGCCCACGACUGGCCCUCAAAUGCUUGGCCCCUGGGGGUCGUACGGUGCAAGAAAUCUUGGUCCCGGAGUCACAGCAUCCCCUGGUGUUCACCUCUGAGUGGCUCCAUAGCAUCAACAAAGAACGCGGUCACAAGAGAGAAGUUGGAGGAGGACUCGACACCUGUCUGGUCAGUACAUGUGAUGGUGUAGUACGACUACCAUGGAAGGAAGUUGUCUACCCAAAAUUCCUUCACGACCCAUCCGAGGAGCUUGGCAUGGUUUCCAACAGACUUUCCAGUGAGGGGAGUAGCUUCCUGAGUGGGUGGGACGGCUCCUCCUCAGGAGACCCAGACACCUGGUCCUGGGAUGAGGAAGAGGAUGAAAGUCUCCCAUCAAACAGCAUGCACUCUGCUCCUGCUUUCAGACGAAGGCGCAGUGAAGAUGGGCUGGGACGGACGGCAAGGCAACCUCACAUGGAUGGGGAUUAUGUGGAACUUUUGGAGCCCAGAGGGGGACCUGAUGGGGGAGUUGAUCCCAAGCAGAGGUACUUGGAGAUGCAUGGGAUUAGUAAGACCAGAACAUUGCCCUUAUGCAGGAGAGGUAAGGCCAUUAAACUUCGCAAAGGAAAGGCUUGGGGUUACGCAAAGACAGAAAGAUCAGGAAGCUUUCGCGGUGCGUACAGUACCAAGGAGAAGAAAGUAAAUCCAAAGGAUGAUAUGCUAUUGCCAAUGCCUCCGAUAACAAUUGAAGGAUCUGCCAGAGUAAGGCAGUCAUAUUCCUCCUCUGCUCAUGACUCAGAUGAAGGAGAUAAAACAAAUAGAGGCAGCAAUAGUCUGGAAAACAACAGCCUAUAUUUUGAUGGUCAGCUGAAAGAGAGGAGGCCUGGUGUGGGUAAGGAGAGAGAGAGCAACAGCUUCCCACAACCGUGCAGAGAUGGACAACAAAAUAAAGACUCUCAGAGCAGUGACAGCUUGGUAGUAAGUGAAAUCUAUGCUUUAAACCCUAAAAGUGGCCAUGAUGUUGAGGGCCAAUCAGAUCAUGGUUCACAAUCGGACUCUGUGUUUGAGGAUGCUGAUAAACCACUGAGUGGAGACAGCGAUAUUGUUACGCCAACGCCAGACACACCAGAGACACUAUCUACUGAAGUUACUGAAUGUAAAAAUACAUCAAUUAGUCAGUCUAAAAUGGGGAAGUCUCCAAAAACAAAGAUCCUAGACGAAAGGUUUGAAGGAAGGACGGAAGACAGAGUGUGUCCUAGAGGAAAAGAAGUCAAAACGGCAGGAUUCAGAGCGCCACGGAGGAAAAGGAAGGGGAAGGGUGCCAAAGGCAAGGCCAGGAAUGGUGGCAAAACCCAAAAGGGUACAAAACUACAGGGUAAAAGUCCCCUACCAAGUCCCACAGCCAACUCUGCAUUAUCAGAGCUUCCAGUCCCAGAAGACAACAAGUCUAAGGAAACACAAAAUACUGACAAACCUGAUGGAGCGCCCAGAACUGUCACUAAAGGGAUGAAAAACACAAGGAAAAGCAGCAAAGUUGAGACAGAAAAUGGAUUGUUGCCUGUGUGCAAUGGUCAGUCAGGCACAUCUUUAUUUAACCACUCAACUGAGGAGGCUGGAUCACCAGAGACAUGUACUGACCAAAUAAACGGUGUUACCUCCAAAGAUCCUCUGCUUCUGAGGGAACUGGUUACAGAAUUACUCCAGUCGGGGAAGCUACAGCUGACAGGUACUGUGGAUAGAUUAGGGCGAGCUCUGGUUUUCACAGAUGCAGAUGCUUCAGAGGAGGGGUUCUGCUCAGAGGAAAUGGCACAGAUUUUUUCCUGUUACCACCGAAUAACUCGGCCUGAAGCCAAAGAAAAGGGGCUGACGGUGCUCAUAGACAGCAGACGAUCCCAACCAUCCUCUCUUUGCCUCUCUGCACUUAAACGGUUCCAGGUCUUGGUUCCUGGGGGUCUUGGAUCAGUCUUGGUUUUGGUGGAGGAUCAGCAGGAGUCCCUUUCCUUAACAAUAGAAGGAAUCGAGACACACAUGGUGCGUGGCACAGGAGUCCUUCAGCAGUAUGUGGACAACCAGCAGCUUCCUAAAGGGCUGGAUGGAGACUUCAGUCACAGCCACUCAGACUGGCUGGCCUUCAGACUGAGGUUGGAGAAACUGACCGAGCACUGUGAGAGCGCCCUCUCUCUGCUCAGAGAAGCACUGCAGUCAAUGGAGACAGAAGAGAUGCCAAACAACAUUAAGGCUAUUCCUCAGAGCAUUGACAAACACCGACAGCUCAUGGCGAGUGUCCUGGCUGACCAACGCUUAACAGAGCUGCAGCAGAGGGGCGGAGCCUGGCUAGCAGGACUGAAUAACUGUUCGUCUGGACUGGCACAGAGGUCACCUGACUGCAGGGCUGCUCUCGCUGCCACUGCUCAGCUGUACGACAGCGUUGACGACGCCCUCCAUCAGCUCGUCCAGGUUUCCAACCGGAGAGGCCGGGAUCUGGAAGCACUGGGACGACUGGCAGGGCUGGUGGACAAACUGGAAAAGGAGCUGCACAGUGAGACUCUGUCAGUGCUCAGCGAUUUGGAGGGCUGGAGCGAACUAAACUGGGCAGGACUCAGUAACGUCCAGAUCCGCCUUCCCCCGGUGAGAGAGAAGCUGAGAGACAUGUCCCACUGUCUAUCAGACUGCUGGACCACACUGGACAACACACAGCGCCUGCUGUCUACACUGACAGAGGCAACCCAGUGGUGUGAUGCGGUCUCCUCCACUCCCUCCUCACCCACUACCUCAUCUUCCACCUGCCCCCUUGCUUCCCUCCCUCCAAUCCCCCCUUCUCGUUUCCAGGAUGCCCGAUCCUUAGCUAUAGAGCUUGGAGGCGGGGCACUCCUGGACCUCUGGACCCAGACAGUAGAGCGCUACCAGCGGACUGUAGCACAGGUCAAACCCAGAUUCCUCCACUCUGAAAGGACACAGAACCAAAGCCAGGGGAAGCCCAAAACACCCUCCGGCAGCAACUUCUGGGACCUGGUGGGGCCUGAAGCAGAGGGCGACUGGGGGCUGGGAGCAGUAGGAGGGGAAGGGGGGUUACAGUCCUGGGGGUCCCUGGCAUCUCUGUUCAGACCACAAACAUGCUCCACGUUGAAGAUAGGUGAAGAUAAAGGGAACAGGAAAGAAGGGGGAGGAAAUGGAGGGGGAGCAGGAGGAGCUGGUGGAGGGAAGUUCCUGCAGAACCUUCUGAAUCCUGUCAAGAAAAGUCCUACCGAGGCCCCACUCCCUCCAAAGCCUCCCAGGAAGCGCCACCCCAGCUUUGACCUACAGGCUCUCCUGGCCCCCCGCAAAGGCACUGCCACCCCAAAACCAGACUCUCCCGUUGGCGGGGUUAGCCGCAAUUCCCCCCUGUCCUGGCUGGGCCGAAAGAACGUAGCCGACCCCGUCAUCACCACCAGCAUGGCUGCAGCUAUCCCUGGGUGGGGCGUCGGAGGUGGCGUGUUGAUUCGAGGUGUGGAGGUCAGCAGCAAAGAAGUGGUGGAUCACACAGGGUCACCACGGCAACAUGUCCUCCUGGGGAGGACUGAGAGGGACAUGGGGACUGACAGGACUGGGUCAACUGCACAGAGUAAAUUAUACCUGCUCUGGUGCAGGAUGCUGAGCUCAGAGAGGCAGUACGUGGCUGUCCUGAAGGGAGUUGAAGAAACAUAUCUGCCCCUGCUGGAGCUCUCUGACACCCCGGCGUCUAUCAGGGGGAAGGGAGACACGCUCUUCCCCAACUGGAGCAGCCUCUGUGCCUUUCACUCCCAGAAUUUGCUCCCUGCCAUGGAGGGGGCUCUCGUGCAGAGUUUGUUGCAACAAGACUGCUUCAGCAAAUAUCGGGAGGAAUUUCUUCAGUAUUCCCACUACAUUCGCUCCAAACCUGAAAUGGAUUCACCGCUGGUCACACAAGCAGCAGACUUCUUUAAGUCUAAACUCCCCCAGGCCUCCCCCCUCUCCCCUCUGUCUUUCCCUCACUGCCUGCAGGCUCCCAUUCAGAGACUGGAGCAGUACUGUGAGGCCCUGGAGGAGCUGGGGGGCUUAAAUCUGGCCUCGGACUCCGCCCUCUACGUCCUGAGACACGCCCAGAAGCACGGCGAGGACCUCAGGGCCAGUGACCUCAUCGUCGGCUGUCCGAUUGCAAUGGGAGAACGUGGUGAUCUGGUGAGGCAGGGAGAGCUGACCGUCUGCGGGGGACCUCGGAGGAAGCGAGCAGGGGUCAGGAAUGUCUUCCUCUACCAGCAGGUCAUCAUCUUUACCAAGCAGAAGAGCCCCAGUCCAGGACGCACUGUCUACAGUUACAAGCACAGCAUCAAGACGGGCGAAAUGGGUCUGACUCAGAGUGUUGGUGACGAAGGAGUGAAGUUUGAAGUCUGGGUCAGACAGGCUCCCCGAACCAGAGACUGCAUCACCCUUCAGGCCCAGGGCAGGGAAGGAAGGGAGGCCUGGGCUCAUGACAUAGCCCAUCUGCUGUGGACGCAUGCCAUUAACAACACAGAGCUGUGUCUGAAGGAGUCACUGUGCAUGGGAGUUUCCAGUAAGCUUCUGCUGGAUGCUACAGGAACUCCAGGAUCAGAGUUGGACUCUGUCUCCAGUCUGAGCGACAGAGUCCACAGUAGCUGCUCAGACUCUUCCUCUGUGGGCAGUCAGAAGGAGGGGGGAUCCCCAGCUUCUGGGAGGGACCCCAGGUCAAGCUCCGGAUCAACAAGCUAUUCACAGAAUCAUUCACCGUCUACAGCUGUGUGACUGUCAUCUCAACAACAAAGCAGAAACUGCACUCAGGACCUUUAGAGGAUUCCUUCAUCUCUAAUCUAACUCAAACUGGACUCCAUGUGAACUUCUCCAACACACCAGCGCCCUCUCUUGUACCCUUCAACCUCCUCCAAGAGUGCAAACAAUGCCAGGGGAUUAGGCGCAGCUGCACUGUUCCGCAUGCAAACGGGAUCAGAAAUUGCCCUCUGUUUAGACCAUGACAAGCACCAGCGGGGCUCUCUCUGACACUCCGCCAUUUUGGGUCUGCCAGUCUCAGCUGCUGGCAGAGUCAUCGACACCAAAGGCACUUCGGCUGCACAGUGCGGCCUUUGUCUGCUCCGCAACUCCCCACUAGGCCAAACCACUUGGUCUGAACCACUGACUGGCUGCCUUUACACAUCACAUGCUUCAGCAUCUGAUAAUAAACAGGAAGUAAUAUUUGGGAGCGUAAAUGUGGCAUUGGAUUGCAGAUUUAGGGUGUAUUAUGGACUUUAUCACCCUCAUAAUGCUGAAUGGAGGACUGUAUACUUCUUUAUCUGGCCUGUGUUUCGUGUCUGUGUGGUUUGGGUUAGGUGGGAUUGGAUCUAUGUAAAUUAGGUAACCAGCACACUCACUCAGACACACACAAUGUCCCCCGACACAUGCAGUCACUCUUAUUGUUAUCAGACAGUGGAGCACUGUUCACAUUCACAUGCUCUCUUCUUCUCUCUCUCUGUCACUGCCCAGUUUAGAGCCUGGUACAGUGACUAAAUGAGGCGAGCCUCCAUCUGAACACAUAGAGAUGAUGAACAAGGAAAGCGGUUUUGUAGUUACAUGACUAUUGGAGUGUCUAAGCAAAUUGUACAAACAGUACUAAGAACUGAAAGUAAUAAUGGUAUCUAUCUUUUCUUUUAAGCGUAAAAGUGGCAUGAAAAUGUUCCCCCAUUACAGUAUUAUGUUUUUUUCUUUUUUUUUUCUUUUCAUGUUUCAAAUCAAGCAAAGUCGAUGUUUAGCAAAAAAAAAGAGCAGAACUCUGAUUUCAAAAUAAAUUUUUCGGAUGAUUUCUAUAUGUUAAAACCAGUAUUAACUGGGAUUAGAAACUAAAAUACUCAACUGAAAUAGAGGCUCUUUAAACAGCAUGAAGUAGUGCCGUCAUGUCAAGAACAGAUGACAGGCAAAAAGCCACUGACAUAUAUCAGUUUGGAAAGGACAGCAAAGCUGUUACCAAGACAUCUGGUCUCUAGGGAACCACAGAGAAGGACAUUAUUCCCCAAACAGAGGAAGAUGGAAGAACUUCAACAGAAGCUUAAGGGUGUUUAAUUGGAGGACCUAAAGGAACCAAGAACACCAUCAAAAGGACUAGUGUGUACACCUGGGCAGUGUUCAUUUUUCAACAAAAAGAAAGUGACUACACCAACAUUAGCAUCCACGGUUGAUUAAUCUCAAUUUUUUCCGCAGAAGCUAAAAGCUAACCAAGCAAGCCCUUUGGGAGGGUGUUGGUCCUGUCAUAUCUGGAGUAAUACGUCAAGGUGUACUGAUAUAACUUUUUAAUUUCUGAUGUUAAACCGAAAUUGAAGUUUUAAGUAUUGACCGGAACCAAUACUGAUCUGGUACAAUAACAGAACAAAUCAUACAUACUUUUAUUAUUAAUUGUCUUGAAGUGGAAUGUUGGAAGAGAGUUGAUCAAGUGAUUUUACUCAAUGACAACAGUAAUGAGGAAAAAAUGGCACAUUUGUUACUAACCAAUGCAUAAACUAAAAAAUAAUAUUUCAUGAGAAGAAACUAGUAAAUGUGUGGACUGUAAAAGCAAGUAUAGCCACACAGCUCCUACUCAAGCAUCGUAUAUUAUUAUAGAAGUGGAAUGGCCUGUAGUUAUGUAGCAUCUUUUCAAAACUCCAAAGUACUUUUGUGAUGCAAAUCCUUGAGGUACAUUGUAGCCACAGCUGGUCAGGGCCUUGCUGGCUCUCUGACUGCCAUCAGCGUAAAAAGCAUCUUGGCCAAAGACACAAUGACAGAGAAGGCCAGAGGUGGGGUUUGAACCGACAACCUUAUGGUCACAGGGCAAACUCCUUUAUUCAGUAACACGUCAAAUGACUUUGAAUUAAUGCCACCGGAUGUAAACAUGCUGGUAGAAGCAUGAUAUUUUAGAUGCACGCUGAUAUAAACCGAAAUGGCUUUUGGUUAUGGGACUGAUUUCCAAUAUCAGGUUAAGUCAUCUCUAGUAAAACCAGCAUUUUAGAAAAACCAACAGGUUCGCACUCUGCUUUAGGACCUGGACAAGUUGUUGAGAUUGAGAAAAUAAUAAUAAAUCUUUCCUUAAGCAGAAAAUCCUGACAGAAAAUUUGUUUUUGACUUUAGGCUCAAUGGCUGGACAGUGAAAUACACCAGAAAGACCAUAAUUGAAAGGCAAGGACAGAGACGACCAGUCAAGCCCUGGACCUAAAUCUGGUAGUUUAGUUGGUAACACUUAAAAAUGAUGCAUUGCGACAAGAAUACAAAAAUUUUACAGUUUAGAGACCAAAAUCUCUCCACAGUGAAGUAACGUGCGGGUUAUUUGUGUUUUAUUCCAAUUGCUAGUUACCAGCAAUUCACACAGACCAGGCCUACUAGGACAUCUGUUGUUUUGCUCCCUUAAUAAAUGAACAGAAACCUUUUUAACUAUUUAUGUUCAUCUUUCUAAAAACCUGUUUAAUGAUCUUAAACAUUUAAGUGAGACUAUAAAGCAAAAUCAGAAAAUGUCUGUGAGGGGGCUCAUAGUUAUUUUUUUACAGCAUUGUAAAGCAUAAACACAUUGGUACCUAAAGAAUCUCCCUUGCUAUACUGAUGAGUACUAAAACCAAUUUUAAUGUUACAGAUUUGAAGAUAAGAUGCCAUAUCAUAUAUGCCAAAGGUAUAAAUGGGCGUCAGUGCAAUGUUUUUGUUUAAAACAAUACCGGCUAAUUUUGUUUUUCAGAAAUUGUUUGCAUUCUCCAUAAAAUGGAGGAAAGUAUUUCAUUACUUUUGUUUGUUUUUUCAUUUUCUUUAUUUACAAGUUUUAUUUACUUUAUUUUACAAGUUUCUUUGGCUAGCAUAUGUAAACAGUAUCUGGUAAUAAUAAAAAUGAUUACUCAUAUAAUA